AUGCCAGGUAUUCUGAAUACAUGGUUUAAAUUUUCUCCAGAUACAAUAUAUAUAACCACAAAUGGCAAUGCAACAUUAUUUCAUCAUUAUCUUUCCAAACGAUAUCACCAUCAGAUACAUUUGACUAAUUGUAAGCAAGCACAUUCUAUACGUGAUUUAUGUUGUCAUAGUGCAUCAGAAUUUAAUAUUUAUUUUCAAAAUCAAGAUAGAUUUAAAUGGUUAUGUCGUUUUGAUGAUGAUCAAUAUGUUAAUGUACCAUUACUUAUUGAUUAUUUAAAACAAUUCUUUCCUGAUAAACAAUCAUUAUAUAUUGGCAAACCAAGUUUAAACGAACCAAAACAUGGGCGUGGUAUGGAUUUUUGGUUUGCAACUUAUGGUGGUGGUGUUUGUUUUUCUAGGUCUCUUUUAAAAAUGAUUCGUAACGAUGUUCAACCAAAUAGUAAAUUUAUGGAGGGUUGUAUAUCAACAAAUUAUCCUGAUGAUACACAUAUAGCUUAUAUACUUAGGAAAAAGUAUAAUAUUAAUCUAACUAUUGCAAAUGAUUUUCAUCAUCAUAUUGAAAGAAAUUUAUUUACUAAUUUAACAGAUCCAUCAAAUAUUGAUCAAGCAAUAACACUUGGCUUUAAAGGUACUAAUGUACCUCGCUUUAUGCCUUUAAUGAAAAAUGAUGUAUUUCAUAUACAAACAUUGCAUUGCUUAUUAUAUCCAGACGCAAAUUGUAUGCGUCUAUUACGAAUUUUAUUAAAUAAACUUUCUGACGGAAAACCAAGGUUAACGUAA